GAAAAGAAGAAGAAGGGGAAGAAGCAGCCGCGUCUGGCGCCUGCAAAUUUGGGAUUCGUUUGGGAGGGACCGCGCACCCUGGGGAAAUGGAUUCUGUACCAAGGCUCACCAGCGUUUUCACUUUGCUGUUUUCCGGCUUGUGGCAUUGGGGAUUAACGGCGACAAAUUAUAACUGUGAUGAUCCAUUAGCAUCUCUACUCUCUCCAACGGCUUUUUCCAGUUCCUCAGAUCAUGCUGGGACUCACAGUCCAGCUCAACUCAACCGAAGAGUUGGAACUGGUGGUUGGUCCCCAGCAGAUUCCAAUGCUCAGCAGUGGCUGCAGAUGGAUCUGGGUAACAGAAUGGAAAUUACAGCAGUGGCCACGCAGGGAAGAUACGGAAGUUCUGACUGGGUAACAAGUUAUAGCCUGAUGUUCAGUGACACAGGACGCAACUGGAAACAGUACAAACAAGAAGAUAGCAUCUGGACCUUUGCUGGGAACAUGAAUGCAGAUAGCGUGAUGCACCACAAACUAGCACACUCUGUGAGAGCCCGCUUUGUUCGCUUUGUACCCCUGGAAUGGAAUCCAAAUGGAAAGAUUGGCAUGAGGGUUGAAGUCUACGGGUGCUCCUAUAAAUCAGAUGUUGCUGACUUUGAUGGACGAAGCUCCCUCCUGUACAGGUUCAAUCAGAAGCUGAUGAGUACUCUCAAAGAUGUCAUCUCUCUGAAGUUUAAGAGUAUGCAAGGAGACGGGGUCCUGUUCCAUGGAGAAGGUCAACGUGGAGACCAGAUCACCCUGGAGCUCCAGAAAGGAAGACUCAUCUUGCACCUCAAUUUGGAUGACAGCAAACCUCGGCUCAGCAGCAGCCCACCCUCAGUCACCCUGGGCAGCCUCCUGGAUGACCAGCACUGGCACUCGGUCCUCUUAGAGCGGGUCGGCAAACAGGUGAACUUCACUGUGGACAAGCACACUGUGCACUUCCGGACCAAAGGCGAGGCGGAUGCCCUAGACAUUGACUAUGAGCUUAGUUUUGGAGGAAUUCCAGUACCAGGCAAACCAGGGACCUUUUUAAAGAAAAACUUCCAUGGAUGUAUUGAAAACCUUUACUACAAUGGAGUGAACAUAAUUGACCUCGCUAAAAGAAGAAAGCAUCAGAUCUACACUGUGGGCAAUGUCACUUUUUCCUGCUCCGAACCACAAAUUGUUCCCAUCACUUUUGUCAACUCUAGCAGCAGUUAUUUGCUGCUGCCUGGAACUCCCCAAAUUGAUGGGCUUUCAGUGAGUUUCCAGUUUCGAACAUGGAACAAGGAUGGUCUGCUUCUGUCCACAGAGCUCUCUGAGGGCUCAGGGACCCUGCUGCUGAGCCUGGAGGGUGGAACCCUGAGACUCGUGAUUCAGAAAGCGACAGAAUAUUCAACUGAAAUUCUCACAGGCAGCAACUUGAAUGAUGGCUUGUGGCAUUCAGUUAGCAUCAAUGCCAGAAGGAACCGCAUCACCCUCACUCUGGAUAAUGAUGCAGCUUCCCCUGCUCAGGACACUCCCCGGGUGCAUAUUUAUUCUGGAAAUAGCUACUACUUUGGAGGGUGCCCUGACAGUCUCACCGAUUCCCAAUGUUUAAAUCCCAUUAAAGCUUUCCAAGGCUGCAUGAGGCUCAUCUUUAUUGAUAACCAGCCCAAGGACCUCAUUUCAGUUCAGCAAGGUUCCCUGGGGAAUUUUAGUGAUUUACACAUUGAUCUGUGUAGCAUCAAAGACAGAUGUUUGCCAAACUACUGCGAACACGGAGGAAGAUGCUCCCAGUCCUGGACUAACUUCUACUGUAAUUGCAGUGACACAGGUUACACUGGGGCCACCUGCCAUAACUCCCUGUAUGAGCGAUCCUGCGAAGUGUACAGGCACCAAGGGAACACAGCGGGUUUCUUCUACAUUGACACUGAUGGCAGUGGGGCAGUGGAGCCCCUCCAGGUUUACUGCAAUAUCACGGAGGAUAAGAUCUGGACAUCUGUGCAGCAUAAUAUCACAGAGCUGACCCGUGUGCAGGGUGCCAACCCUGAGAAACCGUACACGAUGGCUUUGGACUAUGGUAGCAGCAUGGAUCAACUGGAGGCUCUGAUUGAGGGCUCAGAACAUUGUGAACAAGAGGUAGCCUAUCACUGCAGGAGGUCCCGCCUGCUCAACACUCCAGAUGGAACGCCAUUUACGUGGUGGAUUGGGCGCUCCAAUGAAAGGCAUCCUUACUGGGGAGGUGCCCCUCCUGGCGUUCAACAAUGUGAAUGUGGCCUGGAUGAGAGUUGCUUGGACAUUCGACAUUUUUGCAAUUGUGAUGCAGACAAGGAUGAAUGGACAAAUGAUACUGGAUUUCUCUCCUUCAAAGACCACUUGCCUGUCACUCAGAUAGUUAUCACUGAUACCAACAGAACAAACUCAGAAGCUGCUUGGAGAAUAGGUCCCUUGCGUUGCUAUGGCGACCGACACUUCUGGAACGCAGUCUCAUUUUAUACAGAAGCCUCGUACCUCAACUUUCCUACUCUCCAUGCUGAAUUCAGUGCUGAUAUUUCCUUCUUUUUUAAAACGACAGCUUUAUCUGGAGUUUUUCUAGAAAACCUCGGCAUUAAAGAUUUCAUUCGGCUUGAAAUCAGCUCUCCUGCAGAGGUCACUUUUGCCAUUGAUGUUGGGAAUGGUCCCAUAGAGCUCAUAGUCCAAUCUCCUACUCCUCUCAAUGAUAACCAAUGGCAUUAUGUUCGAGCUGAGAGGAAUCUGAAAGAGGCCUCACUCCAGGUGGACAGCCUACCGAAGAUGACCAAAGAGACUUCAGAAGAAGGAUAUUUCCAACUGCAACUGAAUAGCCCAUUGUUUGUAGGGGGAACAUCAUCAAGACAGAAAGGCUUCUUGGGAUGCUUACGCUCCUUACACUUGAAUGGGCAGAAACUGGACCUGGAGGAGAAGGCCAAGGUCACAAGUGGAGUCCGGCCAGGGUGUCCUGGUCAUUGCAGCAGUUAUGGAAGCACCUGUCAUAAUGGGGGCAAGUGUGUGGAAAAGCACAGUGGAUACUUCUGUGAUUGCACUAAUUCACCAUAUGAAGGUCCCUUUUGCAGAAAAGAAGUUUCUGCGCUUUUUGAGGUUGGCACUUCAGUAACUUACAUGUUUCAAGACCCCUAUCCUGUCACCAAAAAUAUAAAUCUCUCAUCCUCGUCAAUAUACAUAGAUGCAGCUCCGUCCAAGGAAAGCAUUGCAUUUAGCUUUAUGUCAGCCCAGUCACCCAGUCUCUUGCUCUAUGUUAAUUCUUCUCAGGACUACCUGGCCAUUGUGCUCUGCAAAAAUGGAAGCCUACAGGUUCGUUAUCAGUUAAAUAAGGAAGAAACCCACGUAUUCACUAUUGAUGGUGAAAACUUUGCUGACAGAAGGAUGCAUCACUUGAAGAUUAACCGAGAAGGAAGAGAGCUUACCAUACAGAUGGAUCAGCAACUCAGACUCAGUUAUAAUUUCUCUCCAGAAGUUGAUUUCAGGCCUGUAAGGUCACUCACAUUGGGCAAAGUCACAGAGAAUUUUGGAUUAGAUCCUGAGGUCGCUAAAGCAAAUACCGUGGGUUUUGUUGGAUGCCUGUCUUCAGUUCAGUACAACCAUAUAGCACCAUUGAAGGCAGCCCUGCGUCACACCACCAUUGCACCUGUGACUAUACAAGGGACCUUGACUGAAUCUAGCUGCAACUCCAUGAUGGUCUCAGAUGUGAAUGCAGUGACCACUGUGCAUUCUUCAUCAGAUUCAUUUGGGAAGACAGAUGAGAGAGAGCCUCUCACCAAUGCAGUUCGGAGUGAUUCGGCAGUCAUUGGAGGAGUGAUAGCAGUGGUGAUAUUUAUCAUCUUCUCCAUCAUUGGCAUCAUGACCCGAUUCCUAUAUCAGCAUAAGCAGUCACAUCGUACUAACCAAAUGAAGGAGAAAGAAUAUCCAGAAAAUUUGGACAACUCCUUUAGAAAUGACAUUGAUUUGCAAAACACAGUGAGCGAGUGUAAGCGGGAAUAUUUCAUUUGAACAACUGCUAAAUCACCUACUAUAUUUUAUUGUUAACCUUUACUCCUUCUUGUUCUCCUGUCUUUUAAUUUUGCUGAUUUUCUUGAUAUAAUUUGUGUGCCAUUUGUUUUUGGAACAUUCUUGCAUCCACUGCAGAAUUUUUUCACUUGAUCCAGUCCAGAAGACCAGGCAGCUAUAAACACUGCCUUCCUCUUUGACAAACUACUCAAGAGAUUGACUUUACUACUCUAGAUAAGAAGAAGCACUUGUAUGUACAUGUGCAUAUUCAAUUCUGUAUUUCCGAUUUCUAAGAUAUACUCUUUUAUUUCAUAGCCAUCCAGUCUUGAAGGCUUACUUUCAAUCUGGUGUAUAUUUAGACAAUUAGUAGUCAUCCUUGACAUCUUCCCCCAUCUCAAGUCCCUUCCUCUUAGGGAACUCAGGGUAGAGAGAGAAGAUGUUAAACACCUGCUUUAAUGACAUUUUAAAGGGAAAAGGAGAGGAAAUGUUUUAUAUUAAUUUUCUUAGACAUAGG